GCUCUCUGUCUGCGCAUGCGCGGAGCCGCGGCCCGGCGGCCCAACGCUCGCAUAUAAAGUGUGUAUGGAAGGCGCGUGUGUGCGUGUGUGUGUGUGUGUUUGCUGAAGACGCUGAUAACCGGCUGAUCGGAGCUCCGCCGGAGGAAGACAGCAGCUCGACCGGAAACACAGAGUUUCCCGGACUCUCCCAGCCCCCUGCGGCCCUGCAGACGGUCAUGAAGCUCGGUGUGUUGCUGUGGGCGGCGGCUCUGCUCGGUGCCUUCCUGCCCCGCUGUGAGGCUCGGCCGGCGGAGAGCCCCGCGGCGGCCCGGGCUCCGGACAGCCUCCCCCGGCCGCUGCUCCUCCGGCUCGGGGAGGAGUUCUUCCUGCGGCUGGGCGGAGCGGCUCCUCCCCCGGCCCCGGCCCCGGCCGCGGAGCUGGCCGCGCCCCGGGCUCUGCUCCUCACACAGCGGCUCCUGCGGGGGGAAGACGCCGGGGAGCUGAGCCGGCUCCUGGAGAGGGGGAGGCGGUCCGAGGAGCCUCCCAUCUCCCUGGAUCUGACUUUCCACCUGCUGCGGGAGGUGCUGGAGAUGGCCCGGGCCGAGCAGAUCGCCCAGCAGGCGGACAGCAACAGGAAGAUCAUGGACAGCUUCGGCAAAUAAAACUAAACAUAAAAGCAGCCUUGCUUUGCUCUGGAGGAAUUAAACCUGCCAGAUGAGUUUCAUUUGGACCACAGCGUAUCAGGGCCACUGUAGGGAGAAAAAAUUACAGAGCCGGGGAGGGGAUAAUAUUUUA